CGUUUCCGUAUUUUGAAACAAUAAACAAACGCGGCACAAGGCUAGAAAAAUAGUCUUGUCAGAUUUAAUCAAACCUCGCCAAACGGAGCGCCCAAUACCGUCAGGCUGUGGUGUUUCGUCUAAAACUAACUUUGGUCUAAAAACUCACUUAGGUCUAAACACUAAGUUUGGUGUAAAAAACUAAGUUCUCCAGUCAAAUAUCGUGACGUCUCCUGUGUUGUUUGAGACCACACGUCAUGUCGCUGUGUGGGUCGUAUCUACAGCCCCGGCGGUGUAGCUUUCUGGAGUGUAAAGGACUUCAGAGCGGCGGCGCGAGGCUAUCCACAUACAGAGAUGAUUAUCGCUACAAGUACCCAUCUAAGUUGAGGCGCUACCCAGAGGAAGAAACGUGCAACGUCUUCAAGGAGACCCCAACCUGCGCUCCACAAACGAGCCAAUGCUUGCAGGAAGGCCAAACAUCUGACGCAUGCGCAGAGAGCUGUCAUACAGAGUCGUCAUGGCCUAAGCUCAGCGUAAAUAAACGUGAAGAAGAGCUCACUAGUCAGUCACAAGAUACCAAGAAGGUGCGGAUCUACUACACCCAGAUGCCCACAGUGCCGAGAGAGCCGCUGCCCCGGGAUAUACUAGAGCCACGCCUAACGGUGAUGAAAGCUACUCAUUGGAAGGGUUUGAAGAUCCCUUACGAAGACCCCAGGUUCGAACCCAUGUUGCUAUCCGACCGGGAUACGGAUUACAUGACCUUGACUUUGGACCCCUUCCGGUACUUCAGUCGGCGGAAAAAGUUCCCGGAAAAAAACAGGUGUCCAAACCUACCUCCGCCCAAGGACGCCUACUUCACACCUGAGCUUCUCGGUGACUUCAGCAGUACCCGGGCCACCAAGAUGAAAGAUGGCCGGGUGGCCAAGAAAAAAUUUCCCCGACCGCCCGCCUUCUUCAGGACCAGGCUUUGGUGACCCACCACAAAAGGGCCGCGAUUAAGAAUGUUCUGAUCAUCACAUUAAUUUCCCUGUAAUAUCAUCUACGAUGCUAGAGUUAAUGAAGCCUCAUUUAAUUAAUAAAAACUUAUUAAGUAAGGCCUCAUUUAACAAAGGACUCUUUCAUUGCAGGGCUGUUUAUCAUACCUAUUAAGAUAAUGAAUAGAAAAAUUAAUUACUAUCUUAUAUCAUCAAGCAUAAAUAAAUCGAGAUUAUAUUUUUUAAUGGUAAGUGGAUUUUGAAUGCGAGAAUGUAAAUUUGACGCUGUGAUAAUUACAUCAAAUAAAACAUUACAUCUUGAUCACACACU